GCGGAUAGAUUUUUUCCGUUCACAUAAAGAUGUUUAAUUAAAUUUAAUUAGGAUUUAAGUCUUAUUUAAAUAAAAAUAAGUGAUAUAACUAAUAACUAACUCAAUUUGCUUCGUUCAGGUUAAAAAUAAUAUGGGUUACUUGACCAAAGAAAUAUUAAAUGGCUUUGAUAAGUAUAAGUAUUCGUCUUUGGAUACCAGUCCAUUGAGUAUCUACUUGAUGCAUCCGUUCUGGAAUUGGCUUGUCGAGUAUUUCCCGAGAUGGAUCGCACCGAACGUUAUGACAUUUGUCGGCUUUCUAUUGACAGCCUUGAACUUCGUUAUGCUGUCGUACUAUGAUUGGAGUUUUUAUGCUUCGACAGAUGAUGAAAACUACAAACCAAUACCAAACUGGUUUUGGUUAUUCGCGUCGAUUAACAUUUUUCUCGCUUACACUCUCGAUGGGAUCGAUGGAAAGCAAGCAAGAAGGAUCGGCUUAUCGGGGCCACUUGGUGAACUGUUUGAUCAUGGCUUAGAUUCCUACUCUGCGUGUUUAAUUCCCGUUUGUCUAUAUUCAGUUUUCGGACGUGGCGAUAAAUACUCUGUCGAAGCAAUGCGUUUCUAUUAUGUGGAAUUAACGAUUCUAUUCAAUUUUCAUAUAUCACAUUGGGAGAAGUACAACACCGGCGUUCUUUAUCUUCCAUGGGGCUAUGAUCUCGCUAUGUGGGGGAGUGUCGCAAUUUACGCAGUUAAUUACUUUUGUGGUGCUGCAAUAUGGAAAAUCCCUUUAUCAGUUAAUGGUCUUAUGUGCGGUCACUUCCUUGAGUUUGUUCUUUAUUUCGGUGCCAUGUCGAACCUUCCAAUGGUUUUUUAUAAUCUUUAUCGAUCGUAUAAGGACAAAACAGGAAAAAUGAGAAGUUUUGUUGAAUGUAAUCGGCCAUUGAUACCUUUACUGUUGUUUCUAGCAGUAUCGAUAUUGUGGGCACAAAAAUCACCAAAUCGAAUUAUUGAAACAGAUCCACGUGCUGUUUUUCUCUUGACUGGAACAAUCUUCAGUAAUAUUAGUUGUCGUUUAAUUGUUUCUCAAAUGAGUAACACCACAAGUGAAACAUUCCAUUGGAUGACGCCGAUUCUUGCAAUUUGUUUCGUUGUCAGUUUAGUCAUUCCAAGCAUUGAGAGAUUCCUUUUAUAUGCGCUUCUCGUAUUCACAUCUCUCGCUCAUUGGCACUAUGGAACGGUUGUCGUUCAACAAAUGUGUCUGCAUUUUAAUCGAAUAUGUUUCGGUGUUGGGGAGAGAAACGAUGACGAUAAGAAAAACUGAAUCUUUGAUUAGUUUGCAAUUGUUUUUAUUUUGAGUCAUUUAUAUUUUCAAUGUAUAAUUAUUUAAAUCGUGUGUGACCUCUUUUCAUGACCUUUUACUGAAUUAUAUUUGUUUCUAAUUUUAAUUUUGAACUGAAAUUUCAUUUCCGAAACUGCGAGCAGACGUUUUUUUGUGAAUGAAGAAAUAUGAACAAAAACAAAUGUUUGAUAAGAAAUUGUGACAUAAGUAAAUUGUGACUUGUGAGUCUAUUUUAAUUUUGUAAAUUGUUUAGAUUAAGUUUUAUUGAAUAUUUCAGAUAAGACAUACGUCAAUCUGAAUUAGUCAUGUUUGGUGAAAAGUUGAAAUCAAUUUUUUUUUCUUUUCCUUCAAUGUUUGAUCAAUGUCAGAGAUAGGAGUUUGAACUUGAAUUGAUAUCUCUUUGUCAUGGGAGUUCCUAUCAUGAAAACAUUCUGUUAUCGAAUUUCAUUUAAUUUUAACUCGAAUUACAAUUCUGGGUUUUUAAAUUCGUACAAAUUUAAAUGAAUGUAAAUGGAAUAAGUUCCAAUCCCUGGUUAAUAUCAUGGAAACAGUUAUUCUUCUUAUGCUGGUCAAGCCAAGCAUCUUUUAAAGCAAAGACGAGAAUGAAACUGUUUAAAUAUCAGUUGUGAAUGAGACUUUGUGAAAGCAUCACUUAAAUGGUGAAAUUAUCAGUAAUCUUUGUUUUGAUUGUGUGUCAGUUGACACAGUCAGCACCUAUCGAUAGUUCAACAGUUUUAAAAGACUUUGAAGAUAUCGACACUGAAAAUUAUGAUAUCAUAAUCGAUCAAAGUCAAAAUGGAACGCAAAACUUUCGAAUUAAAGUUAGUGGAUUAAGUGUCGCAAUUCCUGAUGACAGAAACGAGCCUUCAAAUCAAUCAACUUCACUUGACGAAUUAGAAUCGUUACUUAAUCCGAAUUCAGCAUCUGGAAGUACGUUGAAUGACUACAGUGAACUUUCAGCACUUUUCGAUUUGUUAAAGAAAAACAACAAAAGGAAAUCAAGCGAAACACAAUCACGAACGAAAGACAUUCCAACUGACAUUCAACUUUCUGAUGAUCCAGGAAUCAAAAUCAAAGAAAUCGUUCAAGAUCAACAGCGGAAAUAUAAAGUGCUGGUUGGCGAGAAGUACAUCGUUCCAAUUCUCAGAUAUCUCAAGAAGCAAACAGAGGAUGUUAAAGAUUAAUUACUGUUAGUAGUGAAGGAGAAGAAAAAAAAUAAUAAAAAAUUGAAGAAGAAAACUGAAAACUUAAAGACUGCAAAUACGAAAGUAAAUGUUUGAUAACUGUGGGGAUUGUUCAUAAAUUACGAAUCAUCAUAAAUGUUUUCUAUCUCAAAAUGUUUAAUGAUAUUAAUAUUAAAUGUUCUUUGACCUUUUUAAAUCUCUAAAUGUAAAAACAUGAUUUAUGAACAUUACCCACACAACUCGCCAUGCUACUUAAUGAAGCUUACAUUUUUAUGUUCUCUCUCUCUUAUGUUAAAUAAAAAAAAGAACGUGAUGGAAAAAAAACAUUGAUUUGUUCUCCUUCUCCCUGAAAGCACCGUUAAUAAUUAACAUCUUUUACGAUUCAAAGUUCGUUGCUGUUGUUUAUGACGAUUCAACUGACCCAAAUCAUUGAUUUGAAGGAAUUUUGACUGUUUUUUUAUUUGACUUAAAUAUGUUUAAUGGCAUUCAAAAGAAUUAAAAUAAAAUGUUAUAAAUCUAUUUCAUGUCGUCAACGGCUACGCAUAUUUGAUAAGAAUUGCGCUUUCUACCCGGCCCGCAGUUUUCUGUUGCGCCUAGGAGAACAAACUCUGAUCCAUCGUUGGAAUCAACGACAUUUAAGUCUUCAUUGUAAAUUGUGUUGAACUCACUGUAUUCGUCUUCAUUGUAAUUACCGUAGUUUCCAUCAUCACUAAGAUAUCCUGGAUUGAGACCGAUAAUAUUUGUAUCGAUUGAUCGACGGAAUCUUCUGUUAAUCAAACCUGGUUGAACAUGUUGAAUAGCAACUGGAAUUGGCUGUAAUAAUUUCAUAAUUGGACUUCGUGAGAAGCUUGCAUUCGGAAUGACUUCAACUGCGGGUUGUUGAGAUUGUUGACCUGUUAGUGAACUUGAGAUAUCAACUUUAUAUGGUGCGCGUGACUCAAUGAGUGGAAUUGAAGGUUUUGGUUGAUAACUUUCAUCCGAAUGUCGAAUUGUCUGCUUGUACUUUGAGUAAUCAUCAUGAUAAGUUUCUACAGAUGGAGAUUUAAGUGAUUCUCCUUCUUCUUUGAUUUUUUGUUCAUUUUCUUGAAGUUUUGAUUUCUGAGCUGAUUUCAGAAGAAGAUUAAGUAACGAGACUUGUGGAUCUUUUUGGUUCGGAAUGACAAUGACACUAACAUCGCUAAGUUCUAAAUGAACGUUGAGCUUUCCAUGCUGUUGUUGAUUUACAUACAAAACUUUACGUUUUGGUUUGUCAUUCGAUGGUGGAAGAAUAUUUUGAAAAUUUUGAAUCGACACAUUUUCAGAUUCUUCUUCUGAAGAUUCUUCUGUUGAUUCAGAGGAGUCUGUUGGUCGUGUAAUGAGAACGACUGUUGAUGUUGCUGACUCUGAUAUGCUUUGUGUAACAUCAUUUUGUGUAGUUGAUUCAGUAAUUUGUUCUGUUGUUGAUUCUGGAACUUUGGUCGUGUACAAUGUUGAAGCUGGUUUCAUGUCGGAAGUUUCAACAAGAAUUUCAUUCUUUAUCGUUUCAGUUUCAUUUGAAUCUUUAACACUGUCAUUGACACUUUCAACUCGUGUUUCAUUUUCUUCAGCUGAUCUCACAGCAGUUACAAACAAUAUAAAAAUUAUGACUCUCUUCAUCAUGA